AUGCCAACAGGUGGACUACCCGAAGUAGUUUUACAAGAAGUUAGAUCUCGUGAUUAUUGGGAGAAAUCUUAUACUCAAUGGGGAAAUACAGAAACGUGGGAUAGCUACUUUCAAGAAAAUGUACAAGAAGCAACAAGACUAA